AGCAAAUUAAUCAUUCUUUUUGUGGAUUUGUCUAUCAAUUCCCAAACCCAUCAAUGAUCAAUCACUUACCGAUCUAAAGCAUUAUAUUACUACAUUAAACAAAGUACAUGGUAUGUGGUGAAUCAGAGGCUCCAUGCAUGAACUGAUAAGAUAACUGACAGCAGCAAAAAGAAAAAAAAAUCUGUCCCCUCAAGACCAUUUAUUUAAACGGUUAAACAAGCAAGCACGGUGUAUGCUAUCUUUCACUAGAUUCAUAUAGCUUCUCUGUUUUGCACCUCCCUUUGAAGGGGAAAAGGAGUAAGCCAAAAGGAACUGGAAGAGCUUCUCCCUAUUGGCUAUGGAUCACAUUGAUACUACCACCCAAAAUGAAAUACCAGAAACUUGGAGGGUAAAUAGAUAUUUUGAAGCAAGUACUGCUCUAUGCCAAAUUGAAGAGGGUCUCUUCUUGGGUUCCUUGGGUGAUGCGAGCAACAAGAGUGCACUAAAAAGUUCAAAUGUUACACAUAUCUUAACCGUGGCUAACCUAUCAGUCCCUUCAUAUCCAAAUGAUUUUGUUUAUAAAAUUAUUGAAGUCAUGGACAGAGAAGAUACAAAUCUAAUGCAGCACUUUGACGAGUGUUUCAGUUUCAUUGAUGAAGCUAAAAGACUGGGUGGUGCUGUGCUGGUUCACUGCUUUAUGGGAAUAUCUAGAAGUGUGACAGUGGUUGUUGCUUAUCUGAUGAAGAAACGCGGUAUGAGCUUUUCUCAAGCUCUGGAACAUGUAAAGAGGAGACGACCUCAGGCAUCUCCUAAUUCUGGCUUCAUUUUACAGCUGCAACACUUUGGAAAAACUCUUCAAGGUAAGGAAGAUGAAAAGUCCAGGUUUGAUCUCUUUUUAUCACUUUGUCAGUCCAUUUUCUCCUUCUUCAACAAAAAGCAGUGAGAAGGCAAUCAAGUGAUGCAUGCAGAAAGGCCAAGCAUUGUGGGAAGUGGCAUUUUGCUUUGUUGAAUAUAUCGUGCUAUGGCAAAAUGCAAUCCAAAUGCACUAGCCACAUAAACAUGAUGUUACUCCAAAUGAAUCGGAACAAAUAAGAUUUUGGGAAGGAGGGGGAUGUCGGACCAAACCUAAGAUCAAUUGCUUUAUCUAUAUAUAUAUUGCUUUCCUUUUCUAUUCAA